AGUAAACUUCUCGCGGCACGGCCACCUAUUGUUCCUCCAACUAACGCGGCGGUGGCGCCACAGCGCAGCCGAUCAACCAAAGAGUUGGAAUUACCUUUGUGAGCCUUCCGCUGACGUUCUUGACGUCGCCCCUUCGAGAAAGAAAAUCCAGAAUCCGGUUUUUCCAUCUGCGAAUUCUCUGAUAGAUUUCUGCCAAGUCGGUUGCGAUCGUGGGAUGAUAAUGGGUCAUGGGUUUCUUUAACCUUGAUGUGUACCUAUCUGUUUCUUGCAGAUUUGUUCAAGGAAAAGUCUGAACUUGGUGCGACAUUUUUGGAAGGUGGAUAGAGGAUCGUUGCGAGGUGCUUCUUCUCCUUUCUUCCUUCGCUUGGAAGUCCCGUAGAAAAAGACAUAUCACACAUACAGGGGAUUGGAAGAAGAAAUUUCGAACAGAAGGAGUGUACGUUGCAGUGAAGUUUGGUCUGCUGCAGACUAUGGCAGACAUGCCGAACAUGGAAAAGAGCACUGAGUCAUUGUCUUCUGAGGGUGAGGAAACAAAUGGAGGCAACUUGAUAAGAGAUUCAACAGGACAAUCGAUUAUAAAUCCUGCAUCUUCCCCUGCUAUUAGUGAAGAAAAGGUCCUGCCUCAUUAUCUAAGAGCAUCAACAGGCUCCUGUCAUGAUUUAUGCAAAUAUGGGAGAAAGCAUGCUUUGGAAUCAAAAGGAAAGCAUCCUGUCUAUCUUUCGGUUCUGAAAAAUGACAGCACAAGAACAAAAGGGGACAGGAUGUGGAACUCCAAUGAAAAACAGAGGCCACUUGCUAAGCUUCUGACUCAACCAGCGUCACCGGACGCCAAGUUGUCUUCAGUUAAGGGGUCCCGUAACCAAAAGAAUUUGAUGAAAAUGUCUGCUUCACAUGAUCUUCGUGGAGUUUCAAUGGGUGAUCCAUAUAAUAAGAUGAGGAGUUUAGUAGAAACUGUAGGGAACGAACCAGGUAAACAAUUUAGUUCCCUGUCAUUAUUGGUCUCUCCUAGGCAUGGAAAUGCAAACUUGAGACAGAAAGUCAGCAGUAGAACACAUGCAACUUCAAAACCUAAAGAGAAGGCUGCAUCACUUGAAACACCGGCUUCCAAGCCUGGACCUGUGCCAAAGCCUCGACCCUCAAAUCUGUUACGAGAUCGAAGAAGAGAGGCAAUCAGGGAAACAAUAUUUAAGGACAUUGGAAUAUCAGAGAUAAAAGAAACCAGAGAAGUAGAUUUAUCAACACGUUCUUUGUCCCCACCCUCUCAGGACCGUGGGCUUGCAGCCUUGACACCAACAAAGUACAGGUCUAAGAGAACUUCAGCAGUAUCACAACCACUCAAAUUUGAAUCCUCUUCGAAGUCGCUGUUGGCUUCAAAAAAUAAACCGAUGGUAACAAAAGUUCCAACUUGGAACUCAUGGGGAAACUCUGAGAAAAGAUCUGAAAGGGCUAAGGCACCAAAGGAUACGGCACCAACCAAGGGAAAAAAAGAAGUUAAGCCCUCAGGUUCUUUAUCUUUAAACUCUCAUCCUCCAAGACUUGUACGCUUGGGAUCAAAGAAAUAUAGAAGCACAAAAAAUGGCCAGCAUGAUCAUGGUGAAAUUGGAAGCAGAAAGAAUGUAGGACUUUCAGAUCGGAAUAAAGGGCGACUAAGAAGCAGUAGUAUUUCCACCCUAGAAACGAAGGAAAACACACCAGAAAAAUUGAAAUUUAGGAGAGGAAGGGUGCUUAAUGCACAGGCAGAGAACAGUGGGUCCAUGUGGCUUAGGUUCAAGCAGGGAAGAGCCAUUGAGAAUCAAGAUAGCAAGGUUGAAGGUGGGAGAAGGAGCUUUAGGAGAAAAACAAAAGCGCAGACCAACGGUUCAGACAGUCCUGCCACUCCAGCUGUGGUGUUGAGACAUCAAGAUGUCCAAGUCAAGAAGGACACCCAAGAUUUUAAUCAAGUAAUUGAAGAGACUGCAAAUAAGCUUGUUGAAACCAGAAAAAGUAAGGUGAAAGCUCUUGUUGGUGCCUUUGAAAGCAUCAUCUCUCUCCAAGACUCGAAGCCUGCUAUUGGUUGUUAAGAUAAACAUCUUACGUUCUUUUCUGGUUAUAUAAUGCCAUCUACAUGAAAACAUCGGUGAAUUUAAUUGCACUGAGGUCAUGUAGAGGGUUAUUAUGGGUGAAGUAUGUUUCCUAUAGGAAAUGCACCGAGUUAUUGUAAAGGGUUAUUAAGGGUAAAGUAUGUUUCCUGUAGGAAUUUGAAGCACUCUUGAUUUUGCAAGAUUGCUUGGCUUGUAAACUUCAGUUGUUUGGGGUGACAUGCAUAUUAUAUGUGAAUUGCUUCCACCUUAUGUGGUGCUUGCAGCUUUA